AUGGACGUCCGACACGAGAGGGACAGUCCGGCUGGUCGGCCCGCGCGGCCCGGUGACUGGACUGUCUCACCCUGGCAGGUCGGAAUGACCAGUCCGGCUCGGCACAGAUGUCCAGGGGCGCCCGAGGUCCGUGACCCACCUGCUGAUUCAGACAGACGUCCUCAUUACCCGGAGGAAGAUCUAUCAAAAGGGAAUGAUUAUUGCGAAGAUCUUCUGCGUCAUCCAGUAGGAUAUGGUCGUGGUGUCGGUCCCACUGUGAUACCUGAACGUCUGACCAUGCUGACAUAUAAGAUCGCCCGUGUUUGUAGGAAGUGCCUCUUUGUGUCCAGUCGUAACGAGAUGGGAAGUCGUCAGGGGAAGCCCAAACAGAUAUCAAGGCAGGCGAUGAUGUUAGAAAAUGCAUCAGAGCUGAGGAUCUCCAACCAUCGCGUGGAGACGCGCGCAUUUGAUAGUCACGCGUCAAUCAGAUCUUAGCCUUUUUUAUUGUACAUUACGAUGUGGCCCUCGUACAGACUAACUUUGUGCAUUCUCAUGCAUUCUAUGGUACAUCCAACAGCAAAUCACCGUGUGUAUAGUAUAGCUAUUUGAUUAGGUUUUCUGAUGAAGGAACGCUUUAGAGUCAGCAGCCAUACUCUGAUUAAUUAUCGCCGUUCUUGUGGGCCGCCCACUUGAUGAUUUGUUGCCACACAACCACCAGGCUUCCGUGUCUGUUACCGAGAAUGUUUAUCCAUAUUUACUGCAAAGUCUACAGACCAGUGUGAGGGUAACUCGUUUCUCCCCCAACCUUAGUCACUGGUAGAAAGGGCUGUGCGCACUUGUCUUGCUAAAUCCGUAGUUCUCGGCGCUCAAGAGGCCACUUUCUGCCUCCCAGCCAAGGUUGCAGCUACAGAGUAAGAGGAAGAAAGGCCGUCGCUGGUCAUAUCGAAGCUAGAUUCAGACGACAUCAGUG